AUGAUCGACCAGCGGUCCGAUGGACAAACCAGAAAAGGUCGCGCAUUUUCCAAGCAGCUUGCGGCGCGAUGUAAACUCAUGGACUCUACAGGAACAAUGGAUAUGGACCUCGUAGAUGAACCAGAGGAGGAUAUUGUACAGCAACAGCACGAAGCAACCCAUUCGAGGUCGAGCAAUCACACUCUCAGAGCGUCACCGUCGACUUACAUACCCAACUUUUCACUACGAUUUAGGUUAAUAAAUGGACACGUUGGUAGUGCGCGUCCGGACGAAGGCUAUCUCUUAAAGGGCUGGCGAAGAGCGUUGCGAGAUCAUGAAGGAGAGGUUCGCUGGUGGUACACACAGUCAGAAAAGGACGGAGCGGAUGCCGUGUUCCAAAAAGAACCACCAACAAUCACCGAUGCCAGUUAUUCGCCACCGGAUAUUUUCGCGGACGGGAAUUUGUUUCCAGACGCGGAGACGACCGUUCAGGUGGUCGAAUUUCGCAAGGAGACACCUGUACCCAGCAAAUGGUAUCCGCCCGUCAAGGACAUUGAUGCCAUUGAAAAGCUCCUAAACUCGCCAAUGCCUCACGAUGCUUGGAGAUGGGUACACUGUGAAGGCUUAAAUGGGCCGACUCUCAAAGCCCUUGCAAAAACAGUGGACUGGCCACUUCGAAAGUUUGGUGGAAUUUUUACAUGGACUCGUGCCAGUAUGGAAUGGUCAGAUGGUGUCAUCUUGGUUCACUUCCAGAAUCAGAGCACACGUCUGUUUAUCUGGCAUGGUGGAGGGAAAUACCCGGUUUUGAUUACUUGCACUACCCUCAACUCUCUAGAUUCGUCCAUGACCAGAGUGUUGGAUUUUGUGGACCGAGGCUGUUCUAGACCAGAGAUCGUCCUCCGCAAGGACCCAUCUCUCAUGUUCUACGGCAUUUUACGAGCCGUCAUUCAAGAUCUUCGAUUUAGUGUCCAUGAGAUUGGAAAAUUGAUGGGAGAAGCCUUUGUGAGAAGUACAGCUCAACCAACGCAAGCAAAUCUAUCGUACUUCUACCACCUCCAAGAUCGACUCUUCAUUCUCAGCCUUGAUACAACGUCUUUGAAGAACGCUGCUGCAAAUUUACUAUAUGCCGCAGAGCAAAUGGAAGGAAGGCCAAAUGCCCUCAUAUCUGAGAGGACACGGAUUAUGAUCAAGGAUCAAAUGGGCUUGAUAUCCCUGCUGAAUGAGGAACUGCCAGACAUCGUGCGCAGGGCCGAAGCUAUAGUAAAUCUUGCAUUCAACACGCUAGCCUUCCGCACCAACAACCUCUUGCAAAUCCUCGCUGUUGUUACGGUCGCCUCAUUACCCCUCACAGUGGUCACUGGAAUCUUGGGCAUUCAGUGGUUUGAUGACACCAAGAUAAAUGGAAAGCAGGUCGCUAUCACACUGUCCGUGGUAGGCGGUGUGGUCAUUGCCGGGCUUAUUUGGUUCGCAUAUUGGUUCUGGGAUCAACGUAGAAACGCAAAAGACGACGGAUCUGCGCUCGCUCAGCAGUCGAAAGAGAAGCAAACGGCGACAAUGCCAGGCCUGGCACAGCGGCAGGCAUGGGCUCGUGUUCAAGAUUUGGAUAGAGACAAUGAGAUAAUUAAUCACUUCCGUCAUGAGCACAACCCCAUGAUGCGAGCCUAUCAUCCCUUGGACGCACCAAGUCCUCGAAGCUCAUCCCCUCCUCCCCCGACGUCGCCCAGUAAGCGGAAAACGGUAGAUGUGUUCCUAAGGGAUACCUCCUUCAAGCGGAUACGGCACGGCACAAUGCCAUCUCGAGGGCAAGAUGCGAUAGCAGAGGAAGGAAAUUCAAUGACGCGAUUAGCGACUAUGAGCGCCAUAAACCCGAAUCGGGCACCCAGUCCUCCAACCCCAACAGCUAAAACCUCACCUCCAGCAUCGCAUGAAUAG